AUGCCUCCGCCACCGCGACAGCGGAAAUCAACCUCCGCGCCCGCGUCCGUCGCCGCCGCCGCCGCGCACGCCGCGCCGCCCCCCGGCGCGGGGACGGUCGUACCCGCCCCCGCGGACAGCGGCGUGAGCGCGCUCGCGCUCGCGGCGCUGUCGUCCCCGUCCGCGGCGGCGUUCAUAGGGCAGUCCCCGGUCCCCGCGAAAGUCGUCGCGGACGCGAUGGCCGCGGCGAAACGCGCGCGCCGCACGCUCGCGUCCCCGGGCGGCGCCGAGCACGAGGGGCUCACGAUGCUCUUAGAGGCGUCCGAGGAGAGCCCGUUCCGGAGCGAUUUCGACGCCGCCGCGGGCGUCGUCGCGGGGAGCAAGGGGAACGGGAGGAAGACGGGGGCGACCGGGAGGUCGCACGGGAGUCAGAACGGCCCUCAGCGCGCGCGCGGCGCGACGUCGCCGCUGCGGCCGCUGUCCCUCAACGCGUUCUCCGCGAGAGGCAUGGGCUCGCCGGACGUCUCGACCGGGUGGGGCGACGCCUCGAGAAGGAAGCGCACGACGGGCGCGGGGAGGGCGUCCGUCGCGACCGCGAUGAAGGCGUCGGCGUCGGCGACGGCGGCGAGGAGAGCGCCGGCGGCGCCGGUCACCGCCGCGCAAGCCGCGGCGAACUCGCAGGCUGCGGAGCUCGCGCCCGCGGUGCACGCGGUCGCGACCGCGGCGCCGACCGCGGUGUUAUCCCACGCGUUGCGGUGGAUCGACCUCCUCGUCGCGGAUUUGAAAGGCCGCGGCGCCGCGCUUCGACGGUCGCGACGGCGGUUGCAAAAGGUGAAGAUUGACCUCGUCGGCGCCGGCGCGUCGUCCGCGAGCGACGAGCCGCGGGACACCCCGGAGGAGGUCGCCCCGGAGCACCCCGCGGCCGCGGUGGAGGAGCGGACGCUGCUUCGCGACCUCGACCACGCGCUCGAGGCGGAAGGACGGUCGAUCGACGCGCUGCUGAAGCAAUCCAUGGAGCUCCGGACGAUGGCGUCGUGCGACGGAUCCGUCGCCGCCCCGGGCAGCAAAGCCGCGGAGGCGUCGUUCGGCCCCACGGCGUCCAUGCUCGGCGCGCCGCCGCCGCUGAACGACGCGAAGAAGAUGACGGAUUACUUCAGAGACGCCGCGGUCGCGUCCGCGGCGGCGUUCAUAAGCACCGGUUUGAAAGUCGCCGCCGCGGAGGGAUUCGGCGACGUCGAGAGCGCCGCCGCGGUUGCGUGUCCGGGGGGUACGCUGCCGACGCCGCACAUCGCGUGCGCGAGCGGCGGCGGGGGCGGGGGCGGGGGCGGGGCGGUCCUGGCCGCGCGGUGA